AUGUGGACAAUGAGUGAUAAAUUACACGAGAUAAUAUUUAGCUGUCUUGUAUCAGAAGAAUCUGUAUUGAGGUUUGUUAAUUGGUUUUUUGAUGGAAUAAGAAAAACAUUCGAUGAUAAAACUCUCUUUCUCAAUAAUAACGUUAAUGAUGUCAAUAAUGAUGAUGGUAACAUCAAGAAUAUAAACAAUGAUGGUAAUAAUGAUAACAUCAACAAAAUCAACAAAAUCAACAAUGUAAUUAAAUUCCCAACAACAUGUUUUCAAUGUAAUAAUAACUAUUUAAUGGAAAAUUGGUGUUAUCAAUGUGAAUCAUUUCUAUUCCAAUCGAAUUUUCAUAAAUGGACAUCUGACAAUAAAGAAAUCGACUCGUUUAUUAGAGAGACGCAAUUGGAAGUACCAAAUUACUAUAAAUUUUUAAGAUAUUUUGGAAAUUAUGAAGAAGAAUUUCAAAACAUCAAAGAAAUAAACACGACCCCAAAAAAUGUAUUAUCCGAAUCCAAAUGGAUCAGUAAUAAUAACAAUAGAUUUAAUGGCACAUUGAAACAGUGGGUAUAUAAUACACAAUUAGAAAUUAUUUUGGAUUAUUUAAAAUUUAAUAAUAAAGGAUUAUCGGAGAAAUUAAAUAAUGACAAAUUAGACGAUAAAUUAUGGAAUGAUUUAUUACAAGAUUUUAUUGUUAGAAUGAAAAAAAUAUAUGAGAUGAGAAAAACUUUAAAAUUAAGAUUUGCUGAUCAUGAUGAUGAUACCAAAUUGGGAAAUGACGGUGAUGGCGGUGAUGGUGACAAUGUAAAUGGAAACGGACAAGUACAAGGGAUACAAAUUAAAAGAAAAGAAACAAAUAGAUUCUUUAAAAAAUUAUUUAAACUUCCAUUAAGAAAAAAGAAAAAGUUGAUAAAUAAUCAGGUGAGAAGGGAUUCAUCAACAAUUGCAAUCAAAUAUAUUACAAAUGUACCAAAAUCAACAUCGCCGUUUAAUGAUGAUGCUAAUAACGAUGAAGAUAAAAAUAAAUUAGUAAUGCUUAAACAAAUUUUAAAUUCUGAAAAUAUUUCAAAAGAUUUUAUCACUCAGGUUAGGAAAUAA